UGUCAUUACACAACAGUCAUCAGUUCAUUUCUUGACAUAUAGGGCCAUUAAAGAUCAUAUCACAAAAGGGGACUACUAACAAUACACCUGCCAAGUUUGAUGAAAGGUAGUUUGGGGCAUAAAGGUCAAAGAACAAUAGACCUGUCAAAAACCGUGACGAAGGGUGGUUCCUUAUACUCUGCAACAGUUAAAACCUACCUACCUGGUUACUCUACAUACGUAUUUCAUGAGCGUUUUUAACUGAGAAGUUUAAAAACUAAUAAUACAAAAGUUCAUACAUUUUUUCAUUUGUAAGUUGAGUAAAUGUUAUUCUUUAUACCGCUGCACCUUGUCAAUUGUUACUCUUGUGUUUUGUAAUGUAUUGUCUUGUCAUUUCUUUGUGUCUGAUAAGACACGACAUAAUCUUUUGAGGCUGGACAGAUAGCAAACAGACAACAGUCAGAAUGACACCGCUUUGUUGUCAGUGAAACAAAAAAUAAUGUAAUGAUCUGCUCUUAAGCAAUUUUUACUUUCACCCCACCCCUUCAUCAACCACUCCUCCCCCUUUCUCUCAUCUGUUCAUCCCUCUGUCACCAACAUCACAAUACUCUUGAAGAUUUUGUUUAGCUUCUGUCUGUAAUUAAUUCUAUUCCUAACAUUAAUAUAAUUUAUCUCUUGUAUCGGAUCUAAAAUGCUGAGAAACACCCCAAAAUCCCACAUUUUGUUUGCCUGCGCUUUCAUUGCUAUUGCUGUGGGAUUCUACUUUUACAUAAAAGACAGCCUUCCACCUAUCCGAAUUUAUCAGGAUUGUCCUUCCCCUGACUUGGAAACUCAGACAAAAAAUACUGAAGGGUCUGAGGACUGCAAGGACCAAGGCAAGUGGAAGAUUGGUGACCUGGUGAUGACGCCUGGACUCAAAUAUGCCCAGCCAAACACACAACAGGGACGCACUGAUGUGAACUCGGUGACAAACUGGAAUGUUCCUUUGGUCUGGGAAGGGACAUUUGACCCAGUGGUCAUUGAUGAGAUCUACAGGGAAAUGGACCCAAGAAUAGCUGUGGUGGUUUUCGCUGUUGGCAAAUACACACGUUUUCUGAAGGGCUUUCUUGAGACGGGUGAAAAGUUCUUCUUUAUUGGCUUCAGAGUCACUUACUAUAUUUUCACAGACAAUGAGAAAGAAGUUCCUAAGAUUGAAAUGGGUACAGGCAGAAACAUCACAAUUCUAUCUGUCCCUCCUGCCAGCCGGUGGCAGGAUGUUGUUCUUGGUCGGAUGAAGUGGGCCACCGUCUCCAUUGAACAAAGGAUUCGUAAUGAGGCAGAUUAUCUAUUCAUGAUGGACAUCGACAGCAUUUUCUACAACCGGUUUGGAGCAGAGUCUCUCAGUCGUCUGUCAGCUGUACUCCACCGAGCCUACUACAAGAACACACCAAGAGACAGUUUUCCUUAUGAGCGUCGGCCGCUGUCCAAGGCCUACAUCCCUGCUGGUGAAGGAGACUACUAUUACACUGCUGCUGUCUGGGGUGGAUAUCUGGAGGAGAUGUACAAGCUUGUCAAGUACUGCUACGAACAGUCACAGGAAGAUGCUAAAAACAACAUUGAAGCUGUGUGGCAGGAGGAGAGUCACCUUAACAGGUACUUGUUAUACAACAAACCAACCAAAGUACUGUCUGCAGAAUACCUGUGGUCAGAUUAUGAUAAAGUACCUGCAGACAUCAAAGUGGUCAGGAUCUCCCAGUUGGUUAAGAAUUACGCAGAAGUACGACCAAAUGGUGGAAACUGAUAUCACCAACCACUCAGGACUUUGCAAGUUUGAAUCAUUGGUGUGGGUUUUUACAAUGUGUGUCUGUGGGUGCAGGGAGGAAGAAAGUAAAAUAUAAAGUCCAUCCAUCCAUCUUCUGAACCUGCUUUGUCCACGCAGGGUCGCGGGGGGGGGGGGUGGGGGGGCUGAUGCCUAUCUCCAGCAGUCAACGGGCAAAUAGGCGGGGUACACCCUGGACAGAGAGCCAGUUCAUCGCAGGGCAACACAGAGACACACGGGACAAACAAUCAUGCACACACACUCACACCUAAGGACAAUUUAGACAGACCAGUCAACCUAACAGUCAUGUUUUUGGACUGUGGGAGGAAGCCGGAGUACCUGGAGAGAACCCACGCAUGCACAGGGAGAACAUGCAUACUCCAUGCAGAAAGAUCCCAGGCCGGGAAUCGAACCCAGGACCUUCUCGCUGCAAGGCAACAGCUCUAACCACUGCGCAGCCCAUAAUAAAUUAUGCUCACAUCCAGAAUCGAACCCGAGUUCUCAGCACGAGAAUCCGACGUCUUACUAGGUGAGCUAAAGCGCCAGUAAAAUAUAAAAUAGCACAUAUAAUCUAUAUUGAGUCUUUUUAUUUUUUUCAUUCAUCAAAACACUGUCACGAUAAGUGACAUGAAAUACAAUGAUACACUUUCUUGAAAAUGCAUUGGGUGAUGAGCCCACCAAUAAAUGAAAGCCAAAUAUAUAAGAGAUUAUGUUGGUAAUCCACUGCAGGCACAUGUUAUAAAGCAGUGGUUCCUAACCGUUUUUCAUUAAUGACCCCUUUGCUUGUGUUCAGCACCAGCCUGCCCCCCCCCCCAAUCUCAACUACUACUUGCGCGCGCGCACACACACACACACACACACACACACAAACACACACACACACACACACACACACAUACACACACACACACACACAAAUGAAUAGCAGUUGAGGGGGGUGUUUCUCAAUGUCAAAAAACGUUGAGAUAUGUCAUCAGGAACCGCCAACGUGUGUUUCAAUGUUCAUGUUCUACCAAAGUGUCGGUUCUCCGUUUGUUACCGGUUUAGCUAGCUGAGCAAGGAUACACGGGAGUUACCUUGUAGCCUUGCCUUGGUCAAAGGUUUCCCAGAAUACAGCGUGGUAUUUUCAAAAGGAUGGCGGAUCAGGAGCUGGCAGCUACUUUGAGGGCAAAUUUCCAGUUUACAUGUAAAUCAACUAAUUGUAGGUAUCAGGCUGAUAUCUAAAAUUGUUUUUAGAGCCAAAGAAGUUGUCUGUGGUUGGUCAGUUGCUUAGCAAUUGCAGCUUCGGUGGUUAGCAGGUAGUAACUCACGUAUUGCAUUUAACAAAUAUAUACACAAUUUAAAAAGUGAAAGGCUCAUUAUACAUUUAUAUUGAAACUUAUACGUAUAAAAUCUAAUGUUACCUCAUGUGUGCCUUGCCAGGCCAGGCGCUCUGACAUUGAGAAACACCCUAGUUUUUUCCCUCAUUCUCCUUGUUUUAUGCUGUUGUGUGUUUCUGUCAUGAGCUGAACUCAAGACCCGUAAUGAUGCCAAACACAGUUAAAGUAUAUUUUUAAAAAAGUCCUUUUUUUUUUUGGUGGAGUUACCAGAUGGGCGAGGCUGGAGACAGAGUCGGAGACAGGCGAAGGUCAAAAUGGCAGGCAGAGUACAAGGCAGGGGGCAGGAGAAAAAUGAGGUCCGGAGGCAGAGAUCAGGCAGGGUGGAUGUCUAGAGAAUUUACUGGCACAAAGUUUUCAAUAAUCUGGCAGAGACUGGAUAGCUGGAUGGUUCUUUUAAAGCAGGGGAAGCAGGUGUGUGAGAUGAGCUGAGGAGUCAGGAGCAGGUGAAGUGGAUGCAGGCUGAUUACAGGAACAGGUGAGAUGAAUGAAGUUGAUUGUGAUGCUGACUGAGGUUGCUAGGGAAAACAGGGCUUGGCUGGAGCUUGGUGAAUGGACAGGUGAGCUGAAUGAAGAGUAAAUGAGGAGGCAGAGGAGGGUGAAGGAUGGGAGUCAUGACAGUUUCGCAAUUUUAGAAAUGCAACGUUUACAAAUAUCAUUUUGGUAGCACAGACUAAGCUGUUAUGACUCCCUCUUAUUUGUAGUGGCCCUCAUGGGGGGUGUUGCAAACCUCUGGUUGGGAACCAAGGAUGUCCUAUUUUUUACUGUUUUGUAUUUUUGGCUAUUUUGUUUGUGUGCAGUUUGUUGAGUUGUGUAUUUGAAGCUGCUGUAAAGUUCGAUUGUACUUGAAAUUUUGAGAAAUGCAUAAAUUGUACAUUUGCCUUUUUUCUACUCUACAACAAACAAACAAACAGAAGUACUGUCUCCAGAAUACCUGUGGCCAGAAUAUGAUGAAGUACCAGCAGACAUCAAAGUGAUCAGAAUCUCUCAGUUGGUUAAGAAUUACACAGAAGUAUGACCAAAUGGUGGAAAUUGGUGUCAAACUCUCAGGGCUUCCUUUGUUGGAAUCACUGUUGUGGGUUGUUUAUUAGAUUGUGUGUUUGUGGGUGCAGGGAGAAGGAAAUUAAAGGAAAAAAAUAUAUACUCCAUAAGGUUGUUCUCUUUGUUUGUUUUCCUAGAUUUUUACAUGAUUGGUGGAAAUGCCUUUUAUGUGUAGAACAUUUUACAAGCUGAAGUUGUUGCAGUAAUAAUCCUAAAUCCUUUAUCUGUUUCAAUCUGAAAUGAAUAUCCACAUUUCUUUGUUUGAUUUACUGUGUUUGCUGUUUUUGCUUCUGUAAAGCACUUUGAAUUGCUUUUGUGUUUAAAAUGUGCUGUACAAAUAAAGCUGCCUUGCCUAAAUAAACCAGAUUUUAAGGGGCUGUCUAGGCCAUAA